AUCGCGCAGAGGCCUUUAUCAUGGCAAAUGUUGUAACGCGCUUAACGGUUAAGACGAGCGCACUUCUCACACAACAACCCAGUGUUAUAAAUGUGUAUAAAUCUGUGUGCCGAAAUGCCAGCAACGGCUUUGCCAACAAAUUGCCACCUAGGAACAACCGUCGACUGCUGGCGCUGGUGGGCGGCAGUGUUGUUUCCUUUGCGGCAUUGGCUGCAUUUAUUCGAUUGCGAAGUUCCGGCAACACAGCGAAUGCAAUGCGAAGCAAAAAGAGCCUGCAUCGCGACGAGAUCGAUUUGGAGAAUAUCAAACUAACUGCACGCGAGAGACGCUUUAUUAAAUUCGCUUCCGUUGAGUACGACGAUCAGCUCUAUAUGACGCCACAAGAUUUCCUGGAGUCCGUGGUGGAACAGGAGCCCAGACCGCGCUUGAAGCGUCGCAUUCUCAGCACCGAUGAGGUUGAUAAAUACAAGGAUAAUACGCCAGUUGUCAAGAAGGGCUCCUCGCGCCUCUUUCGCAAUCUCAGAGAUAAGGGCAUUGUUUCAUACACGGAAUAUUUGUUUUUGCUCUCCAUUCUGACGAAACCCAAAUCGGGCUUUCGCAUUGCCUUCAACAUGUUCGACACGGAUGGCAAUCAGCGUGUGGAUAAGUCUGAAUUUCUAGUCAUUAUUUCCAUUUUGGCGGGCGCUUUUAAGUCCUUGCAAGAUGUGGAUCCAAAAACGAAGGAAAUUCUGCUGCGUUUAGUACCCUAUGAAGAGCAGACGCAGAUAAAAAAACUUCCAGCUGCCCGAAACAAGGGUUUUAUGGAGCGCAUUUUUAGUGGCGCUUGGAAAGAAAAACACGGCGAUAACCUGCCAGAAGGUCUAGAAGAUCCCGAACCUGAAACUCCACUCGAGCGUGAUUAUGUGAACGAUGAAGAAGGAUUGCAGCGUCGUCAUGUGGUGGCCACCACUCUGCAACUGCAUCUGUUUGGCAAACGGGGCACUGGCGUCAUCAACUUCGAUAACUUCUAUCGCUUCAUGGAUAAUCUGCAGACGGAGGUGCUCGAACUGGAGUUCAAUGAGUUCUCGAAGGGUCAGACCUUUAUAACCGAACUGGACUUUGCCAAGAUUCUGUUGCGCUACACUUAUCUGGCCACGGAUGAGUAUGAUGUCUUCCUCGAGCGUCUGCUGCAGCGCGUCAAGGAUGAGAAGGGCAUCUCUUUCAAUGACUUUCGAGACUUUUGUCACUUUCUCAACAAUCUGGAUGACUUUACUAUUGCAAUGCGCAUGUAUACGUUGGCCGAUCGAGCUAUAUCCAAGGAUGAAUUCGCUCGUGCUGCUAAAAUCUGCACAGGAUAUAGUCUCAGUCAGCAUAUGAUUGAUACUGUGUUUGCCAUAUUCGAUGCGGAUGGCGAUGGCCUGUUGCACUACAAGGAGUUCAUUGCCAUUAUGAAGGAUCGUUUGCAUCGUGGGUUCAGAGUAAGUGGACGUUUCUUUGAUUACAAUGAGGCACUGGAUUCAUACGAUGAACCCGACUAUCCCAUCUUCCAAGCCUGGCGCCAUAGAGUCUGUCGCCAUUUGGAUUUCUACAUUGACAGCGAUGCGCUGUGGCAUUAACAAUCUCAGCUUUUGUUGUUGUUAUCGCUUGACUGUGUGUGUUAUUUUCUAUGUGCCUCAUUUAAGUGUACGUGUUUUGUUUAUAAGCCAUAAUCUCUGUUUGUGCUUAAGCUUUAUUAUUUGAUUGAUUUAAUAUACACAUACUUUAAUCUGUACUGUGACCAGUUGUUUAACGACGCAAUUGGUUAAAAACUCGCAUUUUAUAAAC